AUAAGAACAUCUCUAUCCACUGUACCGCUUGUCAAGAGAAAAUAAAAAACUAAGAUCCGUCAUCAGCUGAAAUUUGACAGUUGACAAUCAAAAACACGAACAAAACUGGAUUUGCGUGCGGUUUUGCCUUUUCGCAGAAUAAUUAUCUGAUCUUCAGCUGUGUUAAGCAGCAAUUAUAUAUUACACCCAUAUUAUGACGGUAAUUGGAAAGACAAGGUGAGUUGUUAAAACCCUAAAAAGUUGAAACACUGAUCGAAGCCAAAGAGAAACAUCAAGCUAAAUGAUCUCGGAGCUAAACAUAAGAAUGAAAUUUCAUAAAUAAAUAACAGCUUGCAGUAUUUUGCUACGCUGUAUAGAAAGCAAUAGUACAUAAUGUCUAGCAAUUCCCUAUUGUUUUCUAUUAACAACGAGGGUAAGGUUUACGCCUUGUCAACAAGUGGGUCAUGUUGGCGAGAAUUCAUGUAUUUGGGUUUAGAAUUUAAGACAUUGUCAGCUGUACCACAUUUCCUUUGGGCUGUCGGAGGUGACCGACAAAUCUAUCUGCAUGUUCACGGCUUAGAAAUACCUAUACGAGUCAAAGAAGAAUCCUAUGAAAAUGAAAGAUGGUUACCUUUAGAGGGAUUUAGUGGUAGACUGCUUCCCACAGACAGAUAUCAUUUCUCAUCUCAAGAUGGUACAAAAGAUAGAUCUAUUGAUCGCAUUAGACUACCAUCUAUGGCCUGGCAGUGGGAAGGUGAUUGGCAACUGGAAUUAACACUAGAUGGUCAACCUUUGGAUCAUGAUGGCUGGACUUAUGCAGUUGAUUUUCCAGCACAGUUUGGUCCUUCAAAACAGUGGAAGUCAUGUGUGAGGAGAAGAAAAUGGAUAAGGUACAGAAAAUUCAGUGCUAUGAAUUCAUGGUGUGCUAUUGCUCCGCUACACAAGGAUCCAACACAAGAACCAUUCAUAGAUGUCAGCAUUGGGGGCAACCAAAUUCCAUAUGCUUCCCCUGGAACAUUAUCAGUCUGGGCUAUAACUGCUCAUGGACGUGUAAUGUAUAGAGCUGGUGUCAGUACUACUUCUCCUGAAGGAUUGAAAUGGAUUAACAUUAGCAUUCCACCAAACUGUGAUAUUAAACAGAUUUCUGUUGGGCCUACGGGCUUAGUAUGGGCUCUGUUGUGGACUGGUAGAGCUAUUAUUAGAAAGGGUAUAACUAAAGACUGUCCAACUGGUGAAGGGUGGAUGGAAGUCAAGUCUCCCAAUGACACUAAACUUGUGUCACUGUCAGUUGGUUAUAAUGCAAUUUGGGCUGUGAGUUCUGAUACAAGAGUGUGGUUCAGAAAAGGUAUUGAUGGAAAUUCAGCUGGGAACUCUGAAGGAGCAGCUAUGGGUAGUGGAUGGUUAGAAAUCACAGGACAUAUGAGUUAUAUUUCAGUGGGCAUCAACGAUCAAGUAUUUGCUAUUGGAGAUACAGAUAAAUGUAUUUAUUGGCGAAGUGGUAUCACCCCUUCUGAACAAACUGGUAAAAGAUGGAGAAUGGUUCAAGCAAAUAUGCAACUUAGCCGUACAUCCAGCUCAGCAAGUGUUGUGUCUUCAACAUCAAAUGCCAAACAUCAUAGUCUAAACAUGCUUAAUGAAACAACAACAGAACUCAAGUCUAAUAUAAAUUUGCACAAUUCCUGGGAAGAAUCGCACUCUGCUCCAAUUGAACAUACACUACCCAUAAAACCAAAAGAAGCUCGACAAAAACGGAAUGAACAAGUUGAAAAUAUUGAUUAUACAGGAAAAAGUUAUGAAACAACAUUAAAAAACCCAAGAGCCUGGAGUCCAGUAAGAAGUGUGGGCUCUGUUGUAGGUAUGGAAGCUCAGCCUGACAGUGACAGUAGUGUCUUUGAUGUUGACUCUGGAAUGUUUUUUGAUGAUGAGAUCAGCCAGACUGCUUGGGGCACUUGUGAAACAACUUGGGCGUUUGUAGAAGCUGGGGCUUGUUCAGUAGAUGUGAUGCAGGUGCCUCAUUGGUUUACAGACUCACAUAAUGCUUUUAACAUGGAUCUCACCUCUAAAUGGCGCAUUCAAAUUUUGGAAAAUCUUAAAACCAGAAACAACAAUGCAACACUGGAUCUGUCUAAUUAUGGCGUAGCCGUGGAAGAAAAAGGUUGGACACGAAGCUGUGAGUCAAGACUUAUUAAUGCCAAUCACUCUAGUGAGGAUUGUAUAUUAUCUUUGUAUUGGCAUGACUUAGAAAAUAUAGGAACUCUAUCUGUUUUUCAACCAGAUGGUACCAUAAAAUUUAUUCUUAAUCUGGGUGAAGUAACCAGUGUUAUAACAUCAUCAGAACCUGGAAGCCCUAGAAUAACCCUGUCUGUUCCACGUCAAAAUAAGAAUCCUAUUAAAGUUCAAUUUAUAUCAGAAAUGGAACAAGAAGAAUGGUUUAAUGUUUUAGUCGAUAUUACAUCACAGAUCAAUGGGGUUACUGGUAAACCAUCUGCUAAUUCAGUAUGGGCAAUCUCUAGCUCUGGAGAUAUACUAAACUGGGACCCAAUGCCAGCAAAACUGAAUACUGCAAAUAAUGGCAAGUAUGUUAAGGAAUUUCAGGUCUUUGGAAAAGACAUUGUAUCUGGUUUCACAACACCUUUGCAUAACAACUUUCCACCAGGCAGCACACUCAAGAUUACAGGGUGUUUACAUGAUGAAAUCAACAGAUUUCAUAUCAACUUAGAAGGUCCAGAAAUAAAAAAACAGAGACACAAAAUUGAAACUGAAGUGACUGAAAUACCUUUGCACUUUAAUAUGAGAUUUGAAGAAAGAACUGUGGUGUGUAAUUCAAAAAUAUUUGGUAGUUGGGGAGUAGAAGAAAGACAUGACCUACCCUUGUCUCCUGGACAAGAGUUUAGCAUAACACUAAUUUGUGAUCUCAAUGCUUAUAAAAUUCUGGUUAAUGAUAAACUUUAUUGCUUCUUUGAGCACAGACUUAGCCCUAAAACUGUAACAUCGGUAACCAUAAAAGGACCAUUGAAGCUUUUUUCAAUGGAAUAUUCAACAACCAAUGCUAUUAUUGGAUCUGAAGAGAUGUAUUGGAGAAUUAUAGGAGGCUAUUUACGAAGAGUGGAGUCUUGCCAAAAUGGUAUAGUUUGGGGAAUAUCUCACGAUCAUAGAGUAUGGGUGUACACAGGAGGAUGGGGAGGAGGUAUUCUUAAGGGCAUAGGCAGCAAAGAAGGCAUUAAUUCCAUGACAGAUACCCAAACUUACUGUGUAUACGAAAACCAGAGAUGGAAUCCACUAUCUGGAUAUACCUCAACUGGAUUGCCAACUGAUCGUUAUAUGUGGAGUGACGUAACUGGUAAACACAAAAGAACUCGAGAACACACUAAACUGCUAAAUCGCCAUUGGCACUGGAUAUCCGAAUGGAUGAUAGACUACAAUACGCCUGGUGGUGUUGACUCCGAUGGAUGGCAGUAUGCAACUGAUUUCCCAGCGCCAUAUCACGGCAAAAAAAUAUUCACGGAUUGCGUCCGUCGGCGGAGGUGGUACAGAAAAGCUCAAAUUAUUACGGAAGGUCCUUGGAUACGAGCUGGAAGUACUGCAUUGCUGGACAUUUCUAUUUGGGCCGACGGCGACGAGGCGUCAGUCUGGGCGAUAACUUUAGCUGGUGACGCUAUUUAUCGAACUGGAGUUACACUUGCAGCACCCACGGGUGUGCAUUGGGAACACGUUAACAAUCCACAAUCAUUGAUAGCUAUUAGCACUUGCAAUAAUAUAGUUUGGGUAGUUGGUCGAAAGGGGGAGCUUUAUUACAGAGAAGACAUAACUAAAGAGAAUCCAUCUGGAAGUAACUGGAAAUUAAUAGAAACACCCAAAUGCAGCUACCCUUAUAACCACAAAAGCGGCGCGGGCGCCAAAGCCGUAUCGUUGACCAAGACAGCGGCGUGGGUAUUACUCGCAAAUGGUGCUAUUGCUGUUAGAACAGACAUUUCUAAAACUCGUCUGGAUGGCAAAGAAUGGAAGCAUUUAACAGAAUGCGACUUGACUUUCAAACACGUGUCGGCUGAAGAGCAUGAAGUGUGGGCAGUCACUACUGAUGGAGUUCUUCAGCGACGUCUGGGUAUAACAGCAGAUAAUGUUGUUGGAUCAGUUUGGCAGCCGGUUUUAUCAGGCAGCUUAGUUCACGUGUCCGCUAGGGGAGGUUGUUUGCUGUAAAGUCAUCGUUAUCGUCAUUGACAUCAACUAUUAUUUUUACCUCUUUGACACACGAACCAAUUUUUGUCGCAAGAAACACAAAUAUUUAAAUAUAAGCUACGUGUCCAUCAAA